AAUGAUAUAAAGUUCUGAACGUUCUGAAACGUUGCUAUUUGUUCGUCUAUUUUGGAUUUUUACGUUAAGGUGGAUCUGCUUUUUGCAUAUUGAUAAAAAUAAUUCUUCUGAAGCACAAGCUUUUAGACAUAAAUAAAAAGACUUUUUCUAUUAAACGCGCUUUUCCGCGAUGAGGGACAAGUAAUUUUGUUGCGAAAUUUCUGGGGUUACUUUUACAACAAAGUCUAAUUUACAUCGACAUCUUGGUGAAGUGCAUAAUGUGGAAGCAAAGAAAGUUACUCCCGAGAAAAAAUAUAUAUUCUUAUGGUGUCCAAAAGAAUACGCUUCCCGCGUUAGUUUUUCUCUUCACAUGAAAAAAAUUCACCCAGAGAACCUGAAAACCUCAAUAAAAGUAUCCCAAGAGACACAGAAGAAGGUUCAGGGUGAAUUACGUAGUUCCAUUUUUUCUAACAUAGGCAUGAUGAAUAGACACAUGGAACAUGUGCCCAAUGAAAAAUCUAGUUUAGCUUUGGCCCCGAAGGUGGCAUGCCCUCAUUGUGAUGUUAAUUGCAAAACGUACGGAGAAUUCAAUAAAUAUCUUACAAAUAACCACGGGAUUAAGAUAGAAAUCGAGAAUAUUCAAUUUAGUUCAAUGGAAGAAUUCUAGACCUGGAAAGCGCUAAAGGAAUCAGAAACGCUUUCAAGGUUCAUAAGGAGAUCAGUAUCGAGAAACCGUUACUACUACGUCUGCCAUCAAUCGGGUGUUACACACAAAUCACAAAAUCCUAAAACAGCUAGAGUUAUAAAGUCCGUUAAAAUAGGAAAGUGCUGUCCUGCUGUAAUUAAGCUUAAGGAAGAUGAUAAAGGAAUUCAGGUCUUUUAUCAAAAAACCCAUACUGGCCAUACACAAUCUUAUGAAUUUGCUUACAUGAGUACGAAGAUGAAAAGAGCGUUUCUCGCCGGACGUGUCAGAGAUGGAAUUCGUUAUGAUCGUUUUAAUAAUCCUAUAAUAGAACCUCUUCGACUAGGAAAGAAGAAAAGGCGAAUUCGAGCACCAGAGGCAAAUGAUGCAGUGAAAGAGGCAAUUUCUGAUUUUAAAUUUGAAACCUUUGAUGACAGCGAACUUUCAAUAGUUGCUAAUGAAGAAAUUUAUGAAAAUCCCGAUAGUCUCGAGAUUGAUUCUAUUCCUGUUGAGAGUCUUAAAAGUGACAAAGAACGACUUCUGGAAAAUUUUGAGAAACUUCAGGAGUUAGUGAAAUGUAUACCAAAAGAAUUCCUCCCUACAAUGAUUCAUGAUACUGAGCGUCUAAUCACAACUGCAGAAAGAUUGUUACAACCAAAUCAGAGAGAAGAGUAGAGACUAUCCAUUUUUAUUUGUUAUAAUAUGAGUUUAAUUGUGUCAAAUGAACAUUUUAUAAUUUAAAGAGUAUGUAAUCAUAAACAAAAUCUAUUGUAUUGUUUAAAAUUGUCAGAUUAAAUUAAAUAC